UUUGUGACAUUUGUGAAGAAUUUUCUUUCGACAGUAGACAACGAGGUGCGCGAUAAAGGCUUUAAAAAUUAAUUAAUGAGGAAUUUAAAAUAUCUUAGUGCCUGCUGAAUAUAAUAAAAAAUUGAAAACCGGUUUUAAUUUCUUGUUGUGUUAAAUUCACUAGAUUUAAAAGUACGUGGAUUUCAUUAAUUUUUGAAUGUGCAUAUUCUCGUGUUUUCCCCGAAACCUACAUGAAAUAUUUCUACAAGUGAAGAAAUUCUACGCUACGCUCAAAACGCGUUAUUAGAUGCAUUAAGCUGAUGUAAUAUAUAAGUAUAAUGAAAAAAUAAAAAGUGGGUUUAAUAAUCAAAUAUGAGUGAUUGUGAAGCGCUAAAUAAUAAUGUAGCAACAAAUGAAGCUCUUGCAGUGAGCAAUGUAAUUACUAUGAAUAACCGAGCAGCCACAAAUUCUAAGCAGAGUGCUGCUACUGAUAGUAUCGCUGAAUAUGCUAGUACCAAAAAAGGUCAAUUAUCCGUCAUGUCAACAACAAAUGAUGUGGAGUGCACAGUAAAUCCUGUGGGCGAAAGCAAAUCUCAAAAUGCUACUACUGUUAAGAAUUUGACUCAGACACAUCUUACCCAUGGUCCUACUUCCGCAAUGGAUUCAAUAGUCUCAAACCAAAGUCAAAAACCCGACAGUAACAAACGUGUCAUACGCAAAAUUAUGGUAAUUGAUCCGAAAAAAUUGCAACAAGCUGGUUUAGAUCGCAAAUUGGCCGAAGCAAUCGGUAGGCAUAAGCUAAAGGCAAUGGCUAAAGAACAGCGCAGACGGGUACAAGAUUGGGAUACUCAUAAGUUGCAAGUAAAUGAUGCGUCCAAAGGAGCUAAUAAACCAACCCAAACUGUAAUUUCGUCAUUAAAGGCAACAGCACAAGCUGUCGCUCCUGCAACAGUAACCACACCAUAUACUGCAAUAAGCAAUUCUACGCCAAAUACAACUAAUGCAACACAACAAGUCUUUUCUUCGAUAAAACCACUGGAUUCAUUGAAAAAUUGCCUUUUGGUGCCAGCUGCAACGGAAAAAGCUGCUUCCCCAAAAAUUAAUGCGCCGCCGAUUAAGACAACAGUUUCGGCUCCCACGGCUACCAAAUCGCCUUCCGCUGAGCGUAAAGUUUUUGUUACGCCGAAGAUAACCAUAACGCGACCCGGCGAAGAACCGCAUACAGUACGUAUAGUGCCCGAGCAUCGCUUAGAAAAUGUGAAAUACAUAUUACAAUGUAAGAUUUUGAAACGCCAGCAGUUGGCAGCUGUACAGGCGCCGCAAUCUCCACAAUCGCCACAAGUUGCAACCUUAUCGACGUCACAGCACACCACACCAACAACUGAAAUGCCCUGCAUUGAGCCGAAAACAGACAUGGAAGAGUUCAUGAACAAACCCAAAGGUCAACAAGCAAAAAAACCAUCCCCUGCUAAAACUCCGCAAGAUAUAGCACGUGUACUCGAUUUUAGUGCAGAUGCUGCUACUGCAAGCCGCUCUACAACAACUGUGUCGGCUCUAAACGCAAAUGAGCAUCAAACAGAAAAGGUUAGCACGGUCCAUAGUCCAGUACACAUAAGAAACUACAGUCUCAAUGCACGCAAAGAGUCGCCCGUAAAGGAGGAAGCUGCUGGUACGCGCGCAGUCGAUGUUGCACGUUUGGUGGCGCGCAUUGGUAAUGUAACAAUGCGUAAAAACACCGUACAGUCGCCAGACAAGGCAGCUAAUAUAAUGGAAAUACCUAAAGCCACCAUACGUUGCAAGAAACUGCCAGUGCAAAGCAAACCUAACCAUGUGACUAAAAGAGAUAAUAUCACAAAACCAUUUCUGGAACCAAGCCUGGAACCGACUGCUUCACCGUUAUUAAUAAACAAAAAUAUAGUUGCAACCAACGUUGAGCAUCCGUUAAGCACAGUCUAUAAAGCUCCAGCAAAGCAGCCAACAGAAGCGUUGAACGUUAAAGCCUCUACCACUGCCGCGCUUGACAACCAAAACAAUGCGCCUGCACAGUUCAACAACUUUCCGCUAUAUUCGCCACUGAAACAGCCAUUCCCAGUCGUUACACACUCACAAGAUUUGCCUUUACCCACAAUCUCCACAUUCAAAACACCCUUUCCUACCACUCUGAUUAAAGUCGGUCAAAUGGGUCAGACACAGGGUGAUGAUACAGAAAAAACCAGCGAUAAUUUCUUGAAAAAUACAUAUUUCGUAACACCGGCUGUUACCAUCCCCAUAGCACAAACGCCAAAAAGUCUGAUUGUGUUGGAGAACAAAGUUUUAUCACAAGAUGAAAAGAUUGAUCUGACCGCAUUAGGCUUUGGUACACCGAAACUAGAGUCAACACCAGGCGUAACAAUGAAAACGAACGAAACAGCGACAACUACACACAAAGCGCAGGAAACGGCACAAAUUUCGCAAACGAAAAUCGCGUCUAGCACGUCGUCAGCCGUAGCAAAUGUGUUACCACAGAAGGGCGCUAAAUUCAAUAAUCGCACGAUUGUGUCGAUGGAUAAACUGAAAUUGUCCUCGGAUAAGAUAGCUGAGCUUGUCAAGGCGAUACAGUUGAAAAACGCAAAUUCACCGAAACACUUUCUUGUCGUGCGUAAAGCGGAAAAUGUGGCGAAGGCAAGCGAAAACACCGGCGUGUUGCGACAAAAUGAGACCAGUGUUACACAAACAAGUCCGACCUUGACACAACCAGCAGAGAAUACAGCAAGCGUAGACUUCCCAGCGCCUAACAAGAACAUUGCUUCAAUAGAAAAAGCGAACGAAACGCCAAUAAGUCCAACACCAAACAUUCCAGUGUCCAAGUUAACAGAAAUUUAUACAAACACUGCAACACAUACUAAUAAGAUAACUGAAACUACUACCCAAAACGAUUUUCAACCUAGAACUGCAGUGGUUUCCACGUGUCUUACGACCGCUGCGACACCUAUUACAUGCCAAGCACCUAAAACUGUUGUCGACUCACAAUUCAAAGAGAACGCAGAAUUCAAAAACCCUUUGCCGCCUAAUCCACCGAAACUAACCGACUCAGCUCAAAUUGCACACAACAAAUCUUCCGUUUGCGUGGUGGAUAGUGGCGAUGAUGAAUCGGAUGCAUCGCUAUCUGCUGUUGACUUCAUUGCUUCGUUGGCGGCUGAAAACCCCAUAACGGAGGAUAUGCAACUGGAACUCUCGCCGGAAGAGCUCAAUUUGAAUGCUUCAUUCGCAAUGAAUUUCUCACCACUCCGUAUUCCAUACCGCGAUAGAACAGAGAGCGUAAAGAGUGAAUUAAUUGAGCAGGAUAUAUAUGACGCCUGUAAUGUGCCAAAUGCCGAAACAUUGCCCGAGUUAUUUGAGUCCGAAAUGGCUGCCGAUGACGUGCAAAUCGGUAAAAUCAUAACUAUCAGUGAGGAGAAUAUUCUAAAGGCUGUUGCUGCCUCAAGCAAAUUGGAUGCCAAUAAUGAACAAACAAAUAACGGUGCACAAGAGGUAUUUAAACUCACAAAGAGCACAGAACGCCUUGAUACUAUUGCAGAGGAAACACAAGUCAAUAAUUUGGAUAAUGUAAACAAUCUCGACAUUGUCGCAACUGACAGUUUAACGGAAUCGACAGUAGGUCCAAUUAUAGUUAAGAAUCUUGAAAUUGGUACUAUAGAGAACUUUGAAGAAAAUCGCACAAGUGGCGUGAUUGUGAAAUCUAUGGACAAUAGAGAAAUCAAUAAAAAUGUGGACGCUGGAGUACCGGUUACCAAACAAAUUCACAUAUUACCCUUAGCUGGUGAAGCGUUGUCCCAAAGCUCCGUGACCAUAGAAAAAGUUAUGCCAGACGCAGACAAAUCUGAUCAAUGCAAAAUAUCGACGGAACCCCCUACUGCCAACGCAACAGAGACUAGUCAAACAACACCGAAAAUACCGAAUGUUAUCAACGUGGGUGAUAAAAAUACCGAAACCGUGUCAGUGGUCAAAGCUGACGCAAGCGUUAGUCUAGCAACAGGGAGAGGAAACAUAGAUGAAGUGCUUAGUCCUCAUAAACCCAAAGCGUUGGCUGCAAGUGAGCAAGAGGUUAUUCGAACAGCUGGAAGUGGAACCGCAAACACUAAAACGGAAGCCGAAUACAAGUCAGUCAAGCCAACGGAGAGCUCCACAUUGCCAACGGAUCCUACCAGUCACCUUCAGAAUGAGAAGCUUGCUGAGCCCGUUGAAAAUGUGGCGUCAGUUGCUGGAGAAAAGGCGAAAGCUGUGCCAAAACGAUUACCACGUUUCAAGAAAGGCAAGAUCAAUUUGGUUCAACGUAAGAAAACAACAGCAGGUGCACCGGUAAAGCUACAGGAAACAAAGUCGAUAUCUGAAAAUAGCAACGAAGCGACUUCAGAUCAAGACCUGAAUGAGAAAAAAACUACUGUAGAAGAGAUGGCUGUGACAUCAAAGUUGGAGAAGAUGAAAGAAGGCCAAAAAUUAAAUGAGAAAGAAACUGCGAAGGAAGCAGAGAUCGCUGACUCAUCUAAGGUGGGCAGGGAGAUUGAUGAAAAAGUAGAGAAGGUGAAUAAAGAUCAAAUACUAAAUGACAAAGAAACUGUAUUGGAAGAGAUCGCAGACACAGCUCAGCUGGACGGAAAAACUAUAGAAGGGUUAGACAAGUUUAAUAAAGACCAACAAACAAAAGGGAAAGAAACUGCGCCGGAAGAGAUCGCUGCCACAGACGGAAUAGAAAAGAGGAAUAAAGUUCCAAAACUAAAUGACAAUGAAACUGCAUUAAAGGAGAUCGUUGGCACAGCUCAGCUGGACGGAAAAACGAUUGAAGGGUUAGAUAAGUUUAAUAAAGACCAAGAAACUGCGGCAGAGGAGCUUGUUGUUCUUUCUACAGAAGAAGUAGAAGAGAUGCAUGAAGAUCAAAGACUAAAUGAAGAAGAAACUGCGUUAACGGGGAUCGCAGACACAUCUAAGUUGGACCGCGAGACGAAUGAAGAAAAUACACGGUUAAAUGCAACGGUUGCACUAACAAAUGAAGCCGUAGUCAAGGAAUCAGUGGCAUUAUCGCGCAAUGCGGUUACAAAAGUUGAUGUAAAUGAAGGUGUAGAUGCCGAACAUGCGCUGGUUGCCGAACAUACUCUGGUUACCGAGUGUACUAAUGGGUUAUCUACAACGGAACGUGAGUGUUCAACCGGUGAAGUUGCCGUGUCAGACCUCUCUCUGCCAGAUAUACAAACUACCAACGAAUCGCCAUUGAAAUCAGGCGAAUUAAAGCGUAAAACUGCUCUAAUAUCGGAACUAUUGCAUCCACCUAAAAUACCUAAGCGAAAAUCCACAAGUUCUGAUAACAAAUCGCCUUCAUUAUGCGAUGUGCCAACUGCACAAUCUUCUUCUACUGAGAACCUUCUACUCAGUGUUGUAAAAGCAACAACAGAGGAAGCUAAAACAACUCCAGCGAAAAAUCCCUUUAAGAAGACCAAAAUAGAAGACUGUGCCGAUCAACAAACUACGAAAGGAAUACAUAAUCUUUUGACCAAAUUUAAUAAAGAGUCCAAUACGAGCGAGGCUGAAAAAGUUGGCGAAGUUAAAACAAGCGCAGAACACCCGAAAGUGGUGGGUACUUUAGAGAAAAAUCGCAAUCAAGCGGAGCUACAGCAUAACUAUGGGCAAAAGACUGAACGUGUUAGCAACUUAGAGCUUACGGAAGAAAACAAGACGCAGUCCAAUACAGCGAAUUCUGAAGUCUCGGAAAAUUCUGUAAUAACUGAGACAGCAGAGGUUCUUGAAACUGCAAAAACCUGUGAUAUUUUACAUGUGAUAACCGAAGAAAAGCUACUGGAACAAAAUGCCGAUGAAAAGGCUCAGAAAGCAGACACACCAUCUACGCAAGAUAUACAGAAACCUGGCUAUAUAAAAACUGAUUUUCUCGGAUUCAACCAUAAUUCGCCAAGCACGCAAAAUAUUGAGAGUAAUCUGCAACAUAUCCUCACAAUAACUACCAGUGCUGAGAAGACAAAAACACGCGAAAUAGACCACAGCACUGCGGAGCGUGAGAGCCCACACGUGGCGCUAAGCGAUAGCGCCGUAAAAAGCUUAACGUCGACUGGCAAGACUACGACGAAAAAGUCAAAUGUGGUGACGAGGCGUAAGCCAACGAAUCGGCGUAGUGUGCCCUUAAAGAAGCGUUGGGGAGUCUUGCAGGAAUCGGAUGAAGAUAUAAAUAUAACUGAUGACACAUCGCCGGCGGAUGAUGAGGAGGAAGAAGGCGACGAAACUAGCUUUCAAGCAUUAGACAAAUCCAAAGACUCACACAAAAAUCUGAACAAAAUUAAAACUCAUAAAAGUAAUAACGAUGAUAGGAAAGUCGUGGAAGGUGAAAAAGAGCUGGAAAGCGCAAUAAAAGAUGUAGCAGUCACACCUAACGAUAUAACAGAGGCUGUGUCUUCUGAAAGCAAGAAACGUAAUAGAAGCUCAGUAGAUAGCAUAGAUAUCCCACAGCAAGUAAGUGGUGUUGUUAGCGCAGCUGAGAGUACUACUUCUAAAGAAUUAGAAGUACCAAGUAAGAAAGUACGCUUAGAAGCAAAAUCUGAAAAUAAAACGGCAACGAAUUCUACUGAAAGCGCCACUAGUAUUGCGGAGCCUGCUAAAAAGUCACAAACGCAGGUCACGGAACCAGAAGCAACCUUGAAAGACACUGCAGCAAAUGAAGACGCAAACGAAGUCAAGAAGAUCAACACGACAACACGUGCUUCGUUGGAUUCUGAGAGAGCAGCAACUCCACAAAAGUCUAAGUCAAAGGCGGCGCGUAAACACAAACCUAAAACCCCACUUCUGGACUCAAGUCCAACAACAGCGCUGGCAGACAUCACAGAAACCGCUAAGCCUGUUGAAAAUAACGAUACUUCGUUGAUUGGUGCUGCUUCAAAAAGUGCAAAGAAUGAAAGUGGUGCUUCUGAGAACUUAGUGAAAGAGCAAAAAGUGGUUAGUGAAAAGUCUUUCAGGUCCAAAAGUUGUACCAAAACACAAGAAAUAAAAGAACCAGUGGUCAAUAAAGCUGAAAACGUAGCUGUGCAAGCCAAAUCUGGCAAAAAGAGGGGUAGGAAAUCAAAAGCCAAUGCAGCAAGCGUGGUAACUGAAGUCAAAGCUGCUGAAUUGGUUGAAAAUAACGUCGAUUGUUCGCUGAACGAAAGCGUCAAAACCGCUGUUGAUGAAAGUAGUAAGCUUGCUGAGGUAGGGCUCAAGAAAGGUGAUUUAAGUACAGCCGCACCAACAGAGUUUAAAACGUCUACUCCAGUUCUACCAACUGCCACGGAAAGCAGCAGCACGAAACGCGGCAGAAAACGCAAGUUGCCUGUUGAAACUGUUGAAGAAACUAAGCAGGAAACCGUGAACGUGGAGGAAAGUACGCCAGUGGCGCGCAAAAAGCGUGGACGAAAGCCCAAGUCAACGCUUCCGAAUGAAAGCGAAGCUGUGCUUUGUAACGGUGUUGCGGAAGCGCAGAACGCUCUCGAUAUUACACAGGAUUUAAACGAGACGCUACCAAACUCGAGCUUAAAUAUAACGGAAACUGCAAAUGCGAGCCAAGCAACAGCUGACCUUGAGACACCUGUAAAAAUACCAAAAAAGCGUGGAAGGAAACCGAAAGCGCUCUUGGCUACGCCUGACACACCAGCGGAUUCAAACGAAAAACAGCAAGAUAGAGGCGCUAAUUUCAAUGAACGUCUCUUAUUGAUAACGUAUCGCGCGCAGCUCGAUACAGACGAAGUGCUCACCGCACAGCCUGUAGCGAAAGCUACGAAAAAAACUUUGAUACAAUGUGGAUUAUGCUUGCAACAACUGUCACGUGAUAACUGGGUGGAACAUUUAGCGACACAUUACGGUGUUGGCUGGAUAGUGGGCGAAACGCCGCCAAUUAAUGUCACGAUCCGCAAUGAAGUGCUGAAGGUCAUGAUCGCUUUUCUGAAAGUAAACGUUAGCAAAUAUCCGCUUACUUGUCGCAUGUGUCAACGCACCUAUCGCUCAGCUUUGGGCACGCUGCUACACAUUGAGUCCUGCGGUGCGACGGACACGCGCAUACCCUGUGAUUACUGUAAAAAAGAAUACUCGAAACUUACCGUUGUAAGUCAUAUGCGUGCGUGUAGCAAACGUACCGAGGACGAAGAGCUUAAGGAGACGGCAACAGAGGCUAAAGAAACCGCAGCUGAGAACAAAGAAGCCGUCUUGAACAAUGUGGGACGUUUGAAACGCGCGUCAGUGCAAAAGGCGGAAAAAAUGCUGAAAGCUCUCAAAGACUCGCAAAGUACUGGUAUAUUUUGCACCAAAGAUGCCAAAAACCACGUUGAGUUCGUUGGACCUGAGAAAAUGUUGGAGAAGUGCGCGAAAGAUAUAGAAACGACGGGCUCAGCUGAGUGUCCAGCACUGGGUUGUAAAUUCACAGCCAAGGAUUUAAGCGCCGUAAAAGAACAUUUUGCCAGCUGUGACUUAAAGGAAACCGUUGCUAAAGGCGUUUAUAACUGUAAGCUUUGCGCGAAGACCUAUCGUGCCGUCAAAUCUGUGACAAAACACAUUUUACAACAGCACAAGAGUACAGAAGUCGAUCAGGAGUUCGAAGGUGAUGUUUCGGAUUGCAGCAUUAAAACCGAUGAUGAAUCUAGCGGUGAUGAUGAGGAUGUCUCCUCAGGUGUAGAUUCGAAUGAAGAGAAUAAUGCUAAUGAUAAUGCGAGUGAUAGUUCCGCCGAUGAGCCAGCAGGACGAAAAAACGCGCAGAAGAAACCGACUGUCAAGAAGAAGUCGGCAACUGCGGCGUCAAACGCCAUAAGUGCGGACAGACUGCAUCCACCGCGGGAAUCGGAUUAUGAUGGCACUGCUCGUCUCUUGUGGAAAGAAUUUACUGCGCAAAACUAUAGCUCAGUACCGUUAUUUCCCGACGCCAAAGUUAAGUACACGAUUUGCGCACGCAGCGAGUAUGAGAAAUAUAUACCGGAUAUGGAAACGUCCAUGAAGUUCAAUUACAAUACCGAUCUGAAGCUUUGCAAAUCGUCAAAGCAAGUAAGCUUUGGCAAAGCAGCGAAAGACAUAAAAUGGUCGCAAUUACAACGUCUAGAGACCAUGUCGGUGAAGAAUCAACAAUUCACGUUUCUGGGCGAAGCUAUAAAAACUGCGACCUGGGUGCCGUUACCCAAGAACAUCAAAGAGCAAUAUCUGCUCAUUAGCACACGACGUGCAUAUACACGUUUUAAGGGUCCGAAAAUAGGCAACACAUUACUUUGGCUAUACAAAGUCACAGCAGCAGACACGUCGAAGUCAUGUGACAUGCAGCUACAAUACGCCAUCAAUAUACCUGACGCGCCUGUGCAUUGCUUGGCAUUUCUACCGAGCGGUGGCUAUGAUGCUCAGGCCAAUCGUCUUGGUUUGGUGGCUGUUGGCACAGCAAAAAAUACCAUUAAGGUUUAUGCUUUGCCAUUGUGUGUUGAAAACGUGGGCGAGUUAAGUGAAGCCACGACUGAACAGCAUACAGAAAAUGUUACCACGCUGCAAUUGGAGCCGGUUUGGCUGCUGGCAUUAGAUUUGUCCAAAAAAGACUUGAGCCAACAUCCGUUUGUGGACACACAAUGCACGGCGCUGUGUUGGUCCGAGUUUGCUGAGCAUUUGCAUAUAUUUGCGGGCUACGCAAACGGUUGUGUCGCCUAUUGGGAUGUGAGCAGUGAUAGAAAUCUAAAUCGCUUCAUUAUCGAUGGCCUGCCGCACUAUGUGCCACUCAAUUUCUUCUACACGCGCGAGAAGAAUGUGCGAGCCAUGGCGUUGCAUUAUGACAGCUCCGGUGUGCGUAUGAUUGCCGUGAUUGUUGCCCGACGUUCGUUGGUAUUAUACGAUCUCUAUCACUUCACACGUCCGUUCAUUUUGAAGGAGGAAGUCACAAAGAAUGAAGGCACCGACUUGGAAUGGUCGCCCAUCUGGCAAUCGCUAGCGAUCGCUAUGGGCGAUUCGUUUCCAAACAAUGGUCGCUGCGUAUAUGCUGUAAAUCCCUCGAAUAUUGUCUUCAAAAAUGAGACCAUCGACAGGAUGAGCGCUGGCGUCAAUAAAAUCCAUUACAACCCCCUACAAAAUGUGCUCGCCAAUGCGACGGAUAACGGUGAUGUGGUGUUCUUGAAUUUACGCGAGAUGCACUUGAAAGAAAUACUGCGCGAUACGUUGCGUAGUGCGCAAGCAGUGGGUAUAAUGGAUAUGAAAUGUUUGAACGGCACGGAUAUACCGAAGUUCGAUGCCAAGUCGGCAACCGCGGAUUGGAGCUUCAACGAGGAGGAUUGCAACGAGAAAUAUGGCCUCGUAUUCGGUCCUGUAACAAGGAUUGAUAAAAGCCUCAAAGCGCAAUAUCUUAGCGAGCAACGUCGUGUGCCUGUAAGUUUAACGCCUUGCACGCGCAUCAAUACCAUACACUGCAAUUUCAAUAAACACGGCAAACACUUGGUGGCUGCUGGCUAUGAAAACGGUUUUCUACGCGUCUUCUGCAUGGAUGGCAAAUCUUUUUUCUACUAAACACGAAAAAUAUUUCUCAUAAAUCCCGCACUCAUCCACAACUCAUAUGGAAUAUAUAAAACCGGCAGCAUUCCUCCGUUGCGUUGCCAUGACAAUCGGAUCUGUGUCCCGAAUCCAUCCCAAACUUAUAUGGAAAAUCAAAAAUUUCAAAAAAGUAAUCUGACGAGCGCCGUGUUAGUGUUUUGAGUGGAAGACUUUGCUACGAUGAUCGUCGGGCAACGAUGACUGUGACCGGUCAGUCGUGUUUAUGAAUCGAAACAGACCCGAAUUUUUAUCCAACCAAUGUCAGUAAAACCAGCUGUAUGCCUCCAUAUUGCUUUAGGAAUGUUUUCUGCCGCUACAACAACACCAACAACAAUUUUGCUUCGAUGCGUAUUCUACCACGUUGCGUUUCCACGGUAACCGGGUUUGUGUAAGCCUAAUUGACUUUGAAAAAUAGAAAUUUUCGUCCGGCGAAAACUCAGCUUUAUUCUUCGGGAGUAUUUGCCGCAUGUUUUCGGAUUUUACAACAACAAAAACAACGUGGAUAUGAAGCAUGACUCGAAAGAAAUUUUUUUCUAAUAACGAUCUCCUCCCUUCGGCAGUCGUUUACAAAUCGCCGCGCGUUUCUCUGCUAUCAAAUGGCAUGCGGCGAAUUCAUUCAAAAUGGUGGCAAAAGUGCUGUCAAUCAUUUGUACUACUACCACGACAAUGGUGUCUGUGUAAACGGAAUAGAUCCAUAUUUUCAUGCGGCGAAAACUCAGCAUUGGUCUUCAAAAUCAUUUGGGGAAAGCUACAACAACAAAAACAAUACGGAUAUGGUGCAUGCCUCGAAAUUUUCCUUCCCAAUAGCGAUCUCCCUUCGGCAGCCGUUGGCCAAUCGUUGAACGUUUUGUUGCUACAAAAAUUCCAUUUGGAAGCGUUGUCAUCUAUUAAACAUACAUAUACCGUUAUGUAUCGAAAUAAUGUGGUGUUUAGUAUCUUAUAAUUUAAAUUUACAUCUUAACAUUAUCAACAUCACAUGGUUUGUAGAUAGAAUUUUGAAUAUUAUGCAAUAGCUAUAAACCCUAGACAUUAGAGCGGGGUGAUUUACAGGGAGCAAAAACAAAAAAACGGAAAAAAAUGCGUAUGCAAGAAAUGCUCUACCGAUCAUUUUGAAGAAUUUUAUCUAAAAUACUCUUGGGUCUAAAACCGGUUUUGAGCCAGUUUUCGAGCCAGCGAUUUUUAAAGAAAAGUGUUUUAGGGAUCAUGCAAAUUUGUUCGUCAGUUUUUAAAAUAUUCGAAUGAAAUUUAAUAAGUAGGUGCAUUUUGAUAUUCUACUGAUUAUAUGUCAGAAUCGGUCAGAUUGGACAACUAUUUCAUAUAGUUGCCAUACAACCGAUUAUUUAGAUUUUUUAUAUUUCGCCGGCUCGAAAACAGUUUUAGAGCAUAGUCUCUUAGGCAAAGUUGUUCAGAAUGAAGCGAAGGACAAUUCUCGCAUAUGCGAUUUUAUAGAAAAAAUCGACCCUCUCUACUAUACAUACAUAUAUUUAGGCAUGUACAUAUGUGCAUAUGUAAUAUAUAAUGCACACAUAAAUUAAAUUAUAAUUAAAUGUUGAAUUUAAUAUCAAUAAUCCUGUUACACUUUAAUUUUUUUUUAGUUAUUUUUAAAAACUUGCUGUGGUAGCGUGACCCUUUGAAUUAUUGAAUUGAAAAGUUCUAUGUAUUUUGGUUACACAUUAAUCAUAAAUUAUUUUUAUUUUUAUUUUAAAUAUUUCUAAAUACAUUGUUAAGCUAAGUUUAUUUAUGUAUGGCAUAUGCUUUUGCUUGAAUUACUAAAGUGUAUUUAUUGCUGAAAAUAAGGAAUAUAUAUAUACAUACAUAUAUAUAAAUGUUUUAUACAAACUACAUACACACUUACGAAUGUAUGAAUACUGUUUGAAAUAAAUUACAAAAAAUAUUAAUAAAAAAUAAAAAU